AUUUUGAGUCUUUUUUUGGAAGCAAUGGAUUCCGGGUCGGGUUUGGAUCCGGAUACUGGUAAUAAGGGUAAAGGAAGUGGUGGUGGUAAUGGUAAUGGCGAGAGAAAGUUCGGUGCUUUCUUCAAGAGAGUAGAACCCUUUUUACCUAAAAAGGAUUUGAAUCCAAGAGACUUAAGAUCUUGGGCGAAGAAAACUGGUUUUGUCUCCGAUUACUCCAGUGAAACCAGCACCAGUACUCGUACUAAGUUUGGUGAAAGCUCUGAUUUUGAUUUGCGUAAAGGUAGAGAUCAAAUAGUCACCGGUUCGUCUCACAAAACCGAGAUCGACCCGAUUUUGGGACGAAACAGACCCGAAAUCGAACACGUAACCGGAUCUGAACCCGGGUUUAGAGAGGAAGAAGAGAGGAGACUAAACCGGAAUGAGGCAACGUCGGAGACUGAGAAUGAAGGCGGGAAAAUCAAUAAGGAUUUGGAAAAUGGGUUUUAUUAUCCAGGAGGUGGAGGAGAAUCAUCAGAAGAUGGACAAUGGCCUAAACCAAUUGUGAUGAAGUUUGGUCUUAGAGAUAAUCCUGGCUUUGUUCCACUUAUCUAUUACGGUCUUCAACAUUAUCUGUCACUUGUUGGUUCACUUGUGUUUAUUCCUCUGGUUAUUGUACCAGCCAUGGAUGGUUCCGAUAAAGAUACUGCCUCAGUGAUUUCGACAAUGCUGCUUCUUACUGGAGUUACAACUAUACUUCACUCUUAUUUCGGUACUCGGCUUCCGUUGGUUCAAGGAAGCUCCUUUGUUUACUUGGCCCCGGUUUUGGUUGUCAUAAACUCUGAGGAGUUUAGGAACCUCACUGAGCAUAAAUUUCGGGACACAAUGAGAGAACUACAGGGGGCUAUAAUUGUCGGUUCAUUAUUCCAGUGCAUAUUAGGAUUCAGUGGUCUCAUGUCUCUCCUUCUUAGAUUUAUUAAUCCUGUGGUAGUAGCCCCAACCGUAGCUGCAGUAGGAUUAGCAUUCUUUAGCUAUGGAUUUCCGCAAGCCGGCACUUGUGUUGAGAUCAGUGUUCCCUUAAUACUUUUGCUUCUCAUUUUCACAUUGUAUCUCCGCGGAGUUUCAGUCUUUGGGCAUCGCUUAUUCCGAAUUUAUGCGGUGCCACUUAGUGCUCUGAUCAUAUGGACAUAUGCAUUCUUUUUAACUGUUGGUGGCGCAUAUGACUACAGAGGCUGCAAUGCCGACAUACCGAGCUCUAACAUAUUGAUAGAUGAAUGUAAAAAACAUGUGUAUACUAUGAAGCAUUGCAGAACAGAUGCUUCAAAUGCUUGGAGAACUGCUUCUUGGGUCAGAAUUCCUUAUCCAUUUCAAUGGGGGUUUCCAACUUUUCAUAUGAGAACUUCUAUCAUUAUGAUCUUUGUGUCUUUGGUUGCAUCAGUGGAUUCGGUUGGAACAUAUCAUUCUACAUCUAUGUUAGUGAAUGCUAAGCGCCCAACACGGGGAAUUGUCAGUAGAGGUAUUGCAUUAGAAGGCUUUUGCAGUUUAUUAGCUGGAAUCUGGGGUUCAGGAACCGGAUCAACCACUUUAACCGAAAAUAUUCAUACGAUCAACAUCACCAAGGUGGCUAGCCGAAGAGCUUUGGUGAUCGGAGCUAUGUUCUUAAUAGUAUUGUCAUUUUUGGGAAAAUUAGGCGCGAUUCUUGCUUCAAUACCACAGGCUUUGGCUGCGUCAGUAUUAUGCUUUAUAUGGGCACUUACAGUGGCUCUAGGUCUAUCGAAUCUACGGUAUACACAAACAUCAAGCUUUAGGAACAUAACCAUAGUUGGAGUCUCAUUGUUUCUUGGAUUAUCCGUCCCUGCUUACUUCCAGCAAUACCAGCCGCUAUCCAGUCUAAUACUACCAAGCUAUUAUCUGCCCUUUGGAGCCGCAUCAAGCGGACCAUUCCAAACGGGUGUCGAGCAACUUGAUUUUGCAAUGAACGCAGUGCUAUCUUUGAAUAUGGUUGUAACAUUUCUACUAGCUUUCAUACUGGACAACACUGUACCUGGUUGUAAGGAAGAGCGAGGAGUAUAUGUGUGGUCAAGAGCCGAGGACAUGCAGAUGGACCAUGAGAUGCAAGCUGAUUACUCAUUGCCAAGAAAAUUAGCUCAGAUUUUUGGUUGCGGAUGUUGCUAGUAGAUGUUUAAUAUCCAAUUUCAUUUUUUCACUAGCUUACACAGACCCAACAUGUUCUUAGUAUAUGGAAGAAAAAGUUCUCGUGUUG